ACUUCGCUGUAAUCAGUUUGCUUAAGAAAAACGAAAACAAGCAAAAUACACAGUUUUAUUUUUUUACGAACGCGUAGACUAAACAAAAACGAUUUUAUAAUUAACAGAUUAGCAACAAUAAUUACAACAACACUGCCAACAGGUUAAAAGCAAACUGUUAGAUUAAAUAUCAAUGCAUUUGCUGAAGCCAAAACAAAGGCAACAAAAACACAACGUCAUUUAGCAGCAGCCCCAACACAUAGGGGCAGGGUGGUAGAAGCUGGAGGGAAGACUGCCAUUGUCAAAGAUUUUUAUAAACUGCACACAAUUAAUACGCAAAAUGGACAGUGUGUUUGAGGCGUAUUUGGGUGCGGAUAGCGUGCUGGCUGGUGCUGUGGGCAGUGGCGAGCCGGAGGAUAUACCAAAACGCAAUACAGACGUCUGGUUGCUAGGCAAACGCUAUAAUGCCAUACAGGAACUGGAGCUCAUACGCCGGGAUAUACAGUCACGCUUGUGGUGCACCUAUAGACAUGGCUUUGUGCCGCUGGGCGAGGUGCAGCUGACCAGCGACAAGGGCUGGGGUUGCAUGCUGCGCUGCGGACAAAUGGUCCUGGCGCAAGCGUUAAUAGACUUACAUUUAGGCCGAGAUUGGUUCUGGACCAGCGCAUGUCGUGAUGCUACCUACUUAAAGAUUGUAAAUCGCUUUGAGGAUACACGCAAGAGCUUCUACUCUCUACAUCAAAUUGCCUUAAUGGGCGAGUCACAAAACAAAGCUGUGGGCGAGUGGCUUGGACCCAAUACGGUGGCACAAAUACUCAAAAUUCUAGUACGCUUUGACGACUGGUGCUCGCUGGUGGUGCAUGUGGCCAUGGACAGCACUGUGGUGCUAGAUGAUAUACUGCAGCGCUCUCAGGACUCCAUUGCAACGUCAUGGCAACCACUGCUGCUCAUCAUACCACUGCGUCUGGGCAUUACAGACAUAAAUCCCAUAUAUGUGCCUGCAUUAAAGCGUUGCCUGGAGCUUAGCAGCAGCUGCGGGCUGAUAGGCGGCCGGCCUAACCAGGCGCUUUACUUUCUGGGCUAUGUGGACGAUGAAGUGCUUUAUUUGGAUCCACAUACUACACAACGUGCCGGCACAGUGGGUCAGAAGCAAACUGCAGCCGAACAGGAGCUCGAUGACAGCUACCAUCAGAAAUAUGCGGCCAGAUUAAGCUUUAGUGCAAUGGAUCCUUCGCUGGCGGUUUGCUUUCUCUGCAAGACUCGUGACAGUUUCGAUGAACUGCUGCAACAGUUCAGGGAGCAAGUGCUGCAGCUAAGCACGCCCGCACUAUUUGAGAUUAGUCAAUCACGUGCUGUGGACUGGGAUACGACGGAAGAUAUUGAAUGGCCCGCUAUGCCUGACAUUGAUUGGCCUGCCAGCAGCGAUUCGGAGCCAUUUGCCUUAGUCGGCGACAGCAGCGACGCCGCCGCCGCCAUCUAAAGAGAGAGAGAGAGAGAGAGAGCGCGCGCACCUACCGCUCUCUUAGCGACUGCGCUUUUGCUAACUAGAGCAGCUGGCGGAUGCUGCAAGCGCGUCUUGGCUAUUAACUACCAUUAAAAGCCUAGCAAUAAAUUUUUAAUAUUGUUUACACUUAAAUAUACACAUACAUUUAUAUAUAAACUAUACAUGUAUAUAUAUAUUAAAUGUAUCUAUGUAUGCUAAUGCUGCUUUAUUGUAUGAGCUCGUUGACUCCACCGGAGACUCACACAUACAAUUACAUAAACAAACAAACACACACACACAAACGUUUUGUUUAUGUUAUUUUUAAUCACACUGAAUACAAACUACCUUAAUAAUUGA